UGAGAAAAGACCCCUACACCGUAUCUGCCUCCAUCUCUCUAUAUAUAAGAAGCAUGUUAGCAGGUUUCUAGCAUUCUCCAGUGUCAGUUCCCACCAACAAAGCUCUCUCUCUCUCUCUCUCUCUCUCUCUCUCUCUCUACCUCUCUCUCUCAGAGAAUGAGUCCUACAUCAUUAGUGCCCCUUCUUUUGUUGCUACUGGUAGCCACUGCUCAAGGUAUACGUUUUGGCCCCGUGUCUAUUUCUUCCAGUCAUCGAGGAAUCCAUGAAGAGAAGGAAAGGAAUUUGAUUGAAGGAAGUGGUGUUGAAGCAGUGGUCAUUUGCAGAAAUGGACACUGUUCAGAAAGGAGUAGAAAUCUUGUGAGCCACACAAUGUCCACUACUUCAAAGGUUGGUAGUAAGAGUGCAAAAAGCAAAGGAGAGGGGGUUAAGGCAACGCUGAACAACCCUUGGAACGAGGAGAUGGAUAAAAAUCAAGAGGAUUUCACGGUUAAAUCUCCCACGUCAGAGCAGCAGCAGUCUAAUGAACGGUAUCCAGACAUCGUGGACAUCGCUGGGAUGGAUUAUUCUCCAGCAAAAAGAAAACCACCAAUUCACAACUGAGUGACUGUAGCAUUAGUCAAAAUAUUAGGAGAAAGAAAGGAAGAAAGGAAAAAAAUAAUAAUAAUAAUUAAAAAAUACAAUGAGAAAAGAGGUUAGACAACAUUACUGAAAAUGCUCGGGGUUUGUUAGGGUGAGAGACGAUUUUGUACAUACUAUAUUCUAUUAUUCAGUUUCUGAAUUCGAUGAUUGAGUAUAAUAGCACUUGGGUUUUGAA